AUGGAUAAUACUGAUUCGAGAGCGGACACGCCGGAGAUUUACGAGCGGCUGGCCACGCCAGUCAAUCCAGGCACACCGGAUUUCUACGAUUUUGACGACGAGACGAAAUUCAAAGUAUAUGUAGGAGGUCGCAGGUCGCAAUUAGCCGUCGUGCAAAGUCGCUGGGUUGCUGCCAAGCUCCGCGACGUCCACCCGGGUAUGACUUUCCCGGUGAUUGCCCUGAGCACUCUAGGUGAUAACGUUCAAAACAAGCCGCUCUACGCCUUUGGUGGUAAGGCUCUGUGGACAAAGGAGCUGGAAAAACUGCUUUUGGAGAAGGUUCCUGGUUACGAGCAGGUCGACAUGGUUGUGCACAGCCUGAAAGACAUGCCGACCCAGCUUCCUGAGGGCUGCAUUCUGGGCGCCAUUACUGAGCGUGAAGACCCUCGCGACGCGCUCUGCAUCAAAAGUACCUCGCCGUGGAAGUACUUGGCCGACCUGCCCGAUGGCUCCAUCGUAGGCACCUCCUCGUUACGCCGCUCGGCUCAGCUCCGCCGCCGCUACCCCACACUCCAAUUUGAGCCUGUCCGAGGCACCCUGGGCACUCGCCUCGACAAACUAGAGGCAGAGGACAGCCGCUAUGCAGCUAUUAUUCUUGCUGCAGCUGGCUUGCACCGCCUGCACCUCCAGGACCGCAUCACAUCUUACCUCGAGCCCCCAGACAUGUACUACGCGGUUGGUCAGGGCGCUCUAGGAAUCGAAAUCAGAGGAGGUGACGCCCGAAUCCAGAAGCUAGUGUCCCGCAUUAAUCACAGAUCCACAAGCUUUCGGUGUCGGGCAGAACGAAGCCUCAUGCGUACAUUAGAAGGAGGCUGCUCGGUGCCCAUCGGGGUGCAGUCCAGCUACGACUCCACCUCAGGCACUCUGCGUAUUGCCGGGAUCGUGGUGAGCGUCGACGGCUCCGAGGCAGUCGAAGGAGAGGUCUCGUCCGAGGUCUACUCCGACCAAGAGGCCGACCAGGUGGGCAUCGAUCUUGCCGCCGACCUGGUUGCCAAAGGAGCAAAGAGGAUUUUGGACGAGAUCCACCUCGACCACAUCAGUUAA